CACUGUGGGGACAUUCACAUUAAAUGGCAUCAUUUAUUUAAAUAUACUUUAGCACCGAGUUUGUGGGCGUAGCACAGCAUCAUUUUGCUGCAUUAAGAGCAAUAACAAAGGAAAUACCCCACAAAGAUGGGAAUACAAACUUGUGUGUGAGUGUACGUGUUGGGGGGGGGGUGUGAGUCAGACGGCUCAAAUAAAGGUGUGUGCCCGGAAGGAGGCCUAUAAAGACCAUGCACGAGGACCUCAGGUGUCAGCCUGCAUUCCAGCUCCAUGCUGCAGGCUAGGCAUGCUUGCUUAGGGCUGCUUAACCAAGUCACAUUUCAGCUGGAUUUCAACUGUGAAAGGAGCUACUCCACCACUCUGGUUUUUCUGUUUGGUCGGGUGAAAAGCUGACUGUAUCUUCGCAGGGUUUCAGCUUUUCUCUGCAGCCUUUCUGAAACCAUUCCUAAGGAAUGCUGUGCUUAAAGGCCACAUUUGUGGUGCUCAUCUUGGCCUGCGUGGCGCAACACAUUCUGCAGGCAGAGGGAAGAAAGGGACAGCAGGAGAGGAAGGGACGAGGGCGAGCGCAGCAGGACGCUUUCUCUCCAAAGCCGACCUCACCCAGCCACCAUGAAAAUGAGAAGAGGUCCAGUGGAAAGGCUGCAUCCAAAGGCCGGUUUUCCACCAAAGACAAGAUGCAGUGCGGCUGGGAAGCCACAGGAGACGAUGCACUUGUCCUUAGCAUCAGCUGCACCAAGGGAAAUGAGAGCUUCCGCUGUGAGUACACUGCAAAUCCAAGACUGUGUCCUCAGUAUGAGUCCAGCUCCACAAAGUUCUGGAAGCAGAUCGGUCGCUCCUUGAAGAAGCAGAAGAAACUGUGCCGUGACCCCAAGGCACUGGUCAAAGCAGCCGUGUGCAAAAAUGCGAGCAGGGAGGCGCAUUUCAGCCUCAGGACCCCUGCCAAGGCCCAGCAUCCAACCCAGCCCAGCAACAAGGACUGCAACGGACUUUCUGAUUCAAGCAAGCUUGCUAAGGAGUACUGCAGUAGCUCUUGGUCUUCAGUCUGUACUUUUUUCUUUACCAUGGUUCAGAAUGAGGAUUGUUGAGUGUGACCUUUGGAACUUUUUGACCUAAUUUCCUCAGCAAAUAACAACGUAAUGUACUUAACAUUACAAUAUUACAUUAUAAUAUAUAAUAUAUUCUGUUUAUAUUUUGAAAUAUACCAGGAACAAUUUAUAUCAUCCCUGUAGAGGAACUACCUCGUCCAUCUUGUCAAAAUCUAACAAAAUAUAUUUUACUAUUUUGUUAAAUGUUUGUGUUAGAUGUAAGUGCUUGGCCGCUAACAUUCCUGUUGUAUGUAUGUAUGUUAGCGAAAGUCCCAUUCUUUUAGGACAUUUAGUUGCUCUUCUGCAAGGGAACUUAGUUUUAUGUUCUGUUGAUAUUGAUCAAAAGUAAUGCAACGUAUAUAUAAAAUUUAAGUUGUUUUUUCUGUACGUCUCACCUCAUCUGUAAUACAUCUGAUAGAUUGACACUACCUGAAAUAAAUUCCUUGCUACAUUUCUUAGA